UUUGAAGUUCGCCGAGCAGUGAGUUUAUUUCUUUGGAUGUUUUCGGUUAGGUGUUCGGGGCAUAUAGCCGUAGGUGGGCGGUGGAACUGUGUCAGUGGGGCUUGGUGUUGUCGGAAAACCCGGAAUUUGAAUAUUUUCAUUAACUGACCAACUAAAUGUUAUUUGCCCGGAAACAGCCUUAGCUACACAUGGCUAGGCGAACAAGCUGGGUCAUCGUUGUCAACUCCAUUCUCAUCUGCAGUGGGACUGUUGAGAAAAAAAUGCGCCGUUAAGUUUCUGUUCAAAAUAAACAACAAAAUACGCUGCUGCAGUGAUCCCGAGAACGCUGCCUCAUACACACAAUGGACUGCAUCUUGAUAGGAAGCAACGUGAAAGUGUUGGCAAAAGCUGUCCAGUCGCUAUCCAGGCUCGGAGAGGAGCUGUACUUGGAGCCGCAGGAAAAUGGGCUGGCUCUCCGCACCGUUAACUCGUCGCGGUCGGCGUAUGCCUGCUUCCUCUUCUCUCCGCUCUUCUUCCAGAAAUACACCCCCCCCAAAAGCUCGACUCAGCGCUGCAAGAUGGUCAUCAAGUCUGUGCAGGCUGUGUUCAAGUCCCUCUCCUCCCUGGAGAAGACGGUGGAAAAGUGUCGUAUCGAGCUGGACAUCGAGAAGAGCCGCCUGACCUUCACCCUGCACUGCAAACAUGGGCUGCUGAAGACGCACAACCUCUCGUUCCAGGACAGCGAGAGCCUGCAGGCCGUGUUCGACAAAGAGGGCUGUGCCAACACGCUCACCGCCCAGCCCAAGCUACUGGUAGAUACAGUACUUCACUUCCCUCCAUCUCUGGAAGAAGUGCGAGUGUCCGUGAAUGACGAAAGAGUGUUGUUCAGGAAUCACGUCGAGGACGAAGCAGAACAGUCCAAAGCCAUGAUGACGGAGUUCUGCCUCAGCGCAGAAGAGUUUGACAGAUUCGUUGUCAACAUGCACACAUGCAUCACUUUCUGUCUCAAGGAGCUGAGGGGGCUGCUGGUGUUUGCAGAGUCCUCUGGUCUCCCUGUCUCCCUGUACUUCGAUGAGCCUGGCAGGCCUAUGGUGUUGAGCCUCACAGAUAGCGUUUUGGAGGUAAACUUUGUGCUGGCCACCCUGUCUGAGGAAGGUCAGCCUCGGAACCACAACAGCAAUAUGAGACGAGUUUCAGAGCCACCUAUUACGGACGACUUCAUGAACGACGACGUCGAUUACAUCAUUGCCAUGGAGGCCGGCGAGCUCGCCGGAGACUCCGAUUGGCCGGAGCCGCCUCGGCACGCUCUGACUCCACCUCGGCUCCAUGGAGCCGCCGGAGACCAGCAGGAGUCCAGCGGAGAGUGUGAGGACGAGGAUGGGCAGCAGGGAGCAGUGGAGACACCAGUGGAGGAAUCAGGCCGACCACCCAAUAAGAAGUUCCGCUCCCUCUUCUUUGGCUCGGUGCUGCCUACCCCCUCCCAGAUGUCCAACAGGACACUGCAGAGCCAGGAGGUCUUGGCCAGUGACAGCGAGGACGAGGACGGCUCCCCGUCCCCGUGACGUCACUUGCCCCACAGUGAUCGGGAGGUCUGUGGGCUGCCAGGCGGCACGGUCUGUGAACGUGGGAAAGCCGGCGCUGACUGAUGAGUUUUUGGAGGAAACGCUGAGGUGUGAAGGAGCAGCUCCUGCAGGUGGACGGGCCUUGAGGGUCACUGUGCCAAAGCACGUCCUGCUGAGACCUCAAAGGACGGAUUUCCAACAUAUGCACACUGAGCAGAAUUUACUUCUCUAUUGAGAAAAAAAAUGACACUUUCUACCACCAUGAUGUUGGUAUAAAGAUAUUAUAAAAAAUAAAUAAGGGAAAUAUCUGAAAUUUUGUACAUUUUCUAAUGGAUUCUAGGCAUUAGGACAAAUGCAAGAUUAAAGUACUGUUUUCUAGA